CACGAACAUAAAGCACUGGCGGCAUGUCGCUGGGAUUCAGUGAGUGAAAAUGUCACUGCUACAGUAUUUGAGUUGUCAUCUCGUUUUGACACUGUCUGUAUUGACUGGAGUAAAAAGUGCUGAUGACUACUACAUAAGACAAUCGAGAUGCAUCUUCAGCUCUCUUGAUCUCAGAGACAUGGUGUAUAUUGACAGCUUUUAUUUAAAUAAAUUUCUAUUUAUACGAUUCAACAGUACUUUAAUGAAGUUUGUGGGGUUUAGUGAGAUCGGAAUGAAAAUUGCAGAGAGAUGGAAUGAUAGCCCCUUUUUGCAAACAGAGAAAACUGGUCCUGAUGUAUGCAAAUCUCUCAUUAAAAGUGUGGACAUACCGGACCUUACUAAAGUAGCGCAACCAAAGGUUAAGGUCAGUUCAGUGACACGGGCUGGUGGCAGACAUCCAGCUGUGUUAAUGUGCAGCGCAUAUGAAUUUUAUCCUCCGCAAAUCAAAGUGUCCUGGCUGAGAGAUGGUAAACCAGUGACCUCUGAAGUGACCUCCAAUAUGGAGAUGGCUGAUGGGGACUGGUACUACCAGAUUCACUCUGAGCUGGAGUACAGCCCCAAAUCUGGAGAGAAGAUCUCCUGUAUGAUUGAGCAUGCUAGUUUCAAUAAACCCAUGAUCCAUGACUGGGAUCCGUCUCUCCUCGAGUCUGAGAGGAAUAAAAUUGCUAUUGGAGCCUCUGGUCUGGUGUUGGGAAUUAUCAUCGCAGCUACUGGAAUCAUUUACUUCAAGAUGAAAUCAAAAGGAAGGAUCCUAGUACCUCAGCAAUGAUGGUAGAUUGCUCAUUCAACUUUUAAACUCACGGUUUUCAAUAUGCUGUAAUCACCUGUGGUUUUCAAUCCUGGUCCCGGGGACCCACCGCUCAGCACAUUUUCUGUCUCUCUUAUUGAACACACUCAGGUUAUGUUUGUGCAUUUUUUUUUUAAGUUUUGUUUAUAGAAAACAAUGUUAUCAAAACAAUCCCUAUUCACACGGAUCCACAAAAACAACUUAAAAAUGCUUUAUUAUAGCCAGUCGUUGCCAAUGUCACUUUUUAAAGAAACACAACAUGCCUGCACACCUGCAAAACCUGAUGCCUCAGUUAUUCACACCGUUAUUUAUUUGUGUUCAAAUGUCUUGGUCACUACUCUGUGUGAUUUUUCAUAGAAAGUUAAUCUACUACAUAUAAAUUAUGUUUAUACCAGAAUUCUAAAUAUUCAGAUUAGUAGCACUGUCAGUGUUGCUGUUUAAGAUUGAAGAUGUUUUAUCAUUGAAUUCAUUCAGAUAUUUUAAAAGACUGGAAUAAGCGGCUACGCGUACAAGCAAAUUCUGUUUUUAGUCAAACUCAUUUGUGAAUAAAAAAAGGUAAACAAGUAUAAAAUAGAAUCAAUAAUUAAUAUAAUAAAUAAAUAAUUAUUUACUAUUCAGAAACAAAUAUUAUAUGUGUAUAUAAAAAUUUGAGUGGAUUUGAAAUAAUAAAAAUAAAUAAAUAAAAAUGUUAACACAUGGAACAUUAUUCAAUGUUUAAAACAACUGAUCACCCUAAGAAAUAGUAAUAAGCUGUGUUCUCAUGAGUAACUGUAUGUACAGUAGUAAGCAUUAUAUGCAUUAUGUUAUAUGAAUAAACAAUCAUAUAUAAGAUAUACAAUCUUAUAAAACGUUAACAGUGAUGUACACUGUAAAAAUGACAUGAAUUUAAUGGUAAAAAAAAUGUAAAAAUGCUACAGAAAAAAAACUUACAUUUUUAAUGGUAAAAGCCUGUACAUUCUGUUACGUACUAGUACGUAAAUUGCGUAAAGUUUGUGUGUGUUGGUCUGUUGUGUGUGUUGCAGAUUCCCAUUGGUCCACCAGUCUGUCAGUCAUCCACCUGGAUGAUGACGCCCCGGUUUACGUUAUCCAAUCAUCUCACCCCGGCCGGUUUAAAGUCCCACUACUGUCCCGCGCGCUCCAGCUUUUUCGCUCACCUUGUACCAUUUCUUUGCUACGUUUGUACACUCCUCUCUUGUUAUUUUGUUAUACUGUCUAAGAUUGCUUUGUUCGCUGUGUGUUUAUAUGUCCUGGAAAGUCCUUUGUGAUAUCGUGCUUGUACAGUGUAUAGUUUUUCGUUUACUGUUCCGUCUGUUCCCCACUGUACGCUAGGUUGGGAAGGCGUGAGCAGGUAAGUAGGUCGCGCGACAUACAUUGCACAACACGCAGGACAUUCUGAAUGUAUUAGAUACAUUAGUUUAGGAGAGAGUGCCACCCGCUGUACGUUUUUUUUUCCCCCUAGUUAGAAUAGUUUAGUUAGGGCGUUGUUACGCCGAAGACCUUUUUUUUUCUACAUUUUCUUUUGGGUAGUUAGCUUAGAUUACCAACACUAGCUAGCUGUGUUUUGUUUUGUUUAUUUCUUUUAUUUGGCACCUCUCGUGCUCCCCUUCCCACCUUCUUUCUUUUGUUUGGUUUUUUUUUUUGUAAAUACUGUAAAUAUUGUAAAUACUUUGAUACCACUGGUUUUCACUGAGCACUGUAUACAAAUAAAUGGUCACUAUUAUAAAAUCUUGCUCUUUAUUUUGCCUGCCAGCACCACUGCAUAUUCACACACACAUGUUAAAUGUUAUUUUACCCUUUACCCCUAGUUCUUCAGAAAUCUAAAAUCUAAGGGGCGUAACAAUUCUCAGAAUUGACUGUGUUACUUUUUUUUUUAAUUUGAUGUUUUGUUUUUUUUUUGGUUGAAAUAACUUUUUCUUCAUUCUUUCGUUCUGCAUUAUUUGUUUCAUGUGUGUUACCAUGAUGGUGUUUAGUGUUUGUGUGAAUGACAAUGUGCACAUUCUAAAUAUGUUAGUAUUUGAAAGCUGUUUGUGAUGAGUUUUGGAUUGUCAUGUAAUUUUUUCAUUACCAUUUGCUUUUGGUGAUUAUCAGUAAAUUACAAAUACAGAAAACAGGUUGGUACGUUAUAUCAGUUAAUGGAAUUGCUGUAUUUAUCUGUAAAUUUAAAUGAAAUACAUAAAAUGCUGCUACUGUAUAAUUACAGUAAAUUUAUAGCAAUUACAGCUGCUGUUUUUUUUUCUGUAAAAUUUAUUUAUUUAUUUUACGGUGUAUGUGAUGUCUGAUAUGUUGUUCUUGCGGAGUUCAUUUCUUGUAUUUGUACACAUAUGUACUAUUGCCUUUGAUUUUGCAUUGAAUAUACAACAAAGUUAAACAUAUUAAUAAUUCAUGUAAAUUCUGAUGUAAAUACCCUUUUUUUCUUAUAUACAUGUUUGUUUGUUUGUACCAGGGAAAUUUCUCAAUAAACACCAUU